AUGUUUAUUAUAUCGAGAAGGUUGUGUCAGAAAAAUAUUUAUCAACAUCUAUCUGUCUAUUCUGUUACUCGUCAUUUUAAGAAACGUUGUUAUCCCGUUUGGCCGCAGAAAAAAUUUCUUAUACAAGAUAAAAUUAGAAAGCUGCAAUAUUUAACUCUGCAAAAAUGUGACUUUCGCACCACUCACAGCUUACGCUCAUCAGGCAUAUGUAUUUUCCUGGGUUUUAUCUUGCGAAUUAGCGCGUUUCUGAUAGGACGCUUUGUGAGAAUAUGGUGGGCACGUAAAUCCGAGAAAGAAAAAGAAGAACACAAAGAUUGGUUCAGAGAAAGACGUAAUGUAAUUUUAGGUUGUUUUGGAUUGUACGGUCUUUUAUUGCUUAUUUAUUACAUAACUCAUCUCGAAAUCGAACCACUGACAAAACGUUCGAGAUUUAACAUAUUUGACAAGGAAUAUGAAAAAUAUCUGGGAAAAAUAAUUUUUGAAGAUCAAAUAGAAAUGUAUAAAAAUUAUUUGUUAUCGGAGACUCAUCCAAAUUACAAGAGGAUUCAAAAGGUGAUAAAAAAACUUGUAACAGCCAAUUCGGACAUAAGAUCAAUAAGAGAAACAAAUUGGACUUUAAGCGUUAUCAAUAAAUCAUCACCAGAUGUAUCAUAUGCUUAUGUUAUACCCGGUGGACAUAUUUUUGUUGCCUUAAAUGCUUUAAAGAUUGUUGAAAAUGAUGAUCAAUUGGCCUUUCUCUUGGCUCAUGAAAUAGCUCAUUCGUUGCUCUUGCAUUCGCUUGAAGCAAUAUCCCAAAAAGUAUUAUGGGAUUUCUUAACAGUUAUACCUAUAUUUUUUAUUUGGUCUUUACUACCCGAUAUAAAGGCUACUGUAGUACACUUUUUGGCGGAGCAAAUUGUGAAUAUUAUUUACAAACUUCCGCACAGAAGAAUUUUGGAACGAGAAGCUGAUGAUGUAGGAAUUAAACUGACUGCAAAAGCUUGCUUCGAUAUUCGUGAAGCCGUUGUAUUUUGGGCUACAUUAAGAACGCUUACAGAAAUGCGUAUUUUACCUCGGGAUUUGCCAUGGAUAUCGUCGCAUCCCGACCACGGGGAUAGAGAGAAAACCCUAAACACAGCCAUGGUUAAAGCUUUAGAAUUACGGAACAGAUCGGGAUGCUCAGUAUUACCUGAAAUUGAUCCAAGAGACAGGUUCUAUAAACGAUCGACGACGGAAAAUAAGAUUUAUUUCAGAGAAAGAGGAAUAAUUUCAUGAAAAAAAUUGAUUUUUUUCAGACCAUUUUGCGAUUGAUCACAAAGUGAGAUGCGAAAAAGAACUACUACUGCUAAUUACAUAUGAAGACCACAGGGGAAGAACUUGAUAAGUCACAUUUUCGUGAUUUUUUAGAGGAGAGCGAUUUUAAAGCUCGAAACGUAUAUGUAUUUCUGUGUUACACGUUUUAUAAAAAUGCGUUUUAUAUUUAUAUCUCGGAAUCUAUCAAGAAUUUCCCUUUUUUGCUUUGAAUAAUUAAAAUAAUCCAUUUUAACUACCAAAUAACAUCAAAAACCGAAAAUAAAAAAAAUCGACUUAUCAAGUUCUUUUCCUGUGUGGUCCAGAGAUGCCAGUUUGCGGACGCUAGCAACAUGCAGCAGCAAGUGGAGGGGAUACGCACACAAGCGAGCAGCCACUCGCCGAGGCGCUGAGCGCACACGUACACGGCUGUUCGCCUGUGUGCGUUUCGUCUGUGUAUCCCCUCUACUUGCUGAGCAUGCUGCUAGCGUCCGCAAACUGGCAUCUCUAGUGUGGUCGUCAUGUAAAUAUUACUGGCAAUCACGCAAGAAUAUUACAGUCGAACCUCCCAAAACUUAUACAGUCGGGACCGACGAGCCUCCCAAAACGUAUACUUCCCCUAUUCCCUCACUCUUUAACUCGCGCAUGCGCAAAGACUUACUUUUGGUAUAAAUUCAUCUCCCACUAGCGCAGUUUCGGUUGUAAUCAUACUUGGUGAUGGAAAAAGUGAUGAAGGGGAAAAUACGUUUUGAGAGUGGAUUUGUGCACGUUUUGGAAGAUUUGUCUGUAUUAAGUAUUACACGAAAUAUAUUAUUGGAUAUCACAAAAAAUAUUACAGAGAGGAUAUUACUGAGAAUAUUACUGACAAUUGCACAGAAUGUCAGUAAUAUUAUUUCGUAUCACUACCACCAAUAUAUUACUGCCUAAAUAUUGCUGCCAAUAAUAUAGUAAUAUAAAAAGUCUCUGUACUAUUUCAGUGGUUGAAAAAUAACAAGUCAACAUUUUUCAGCCAUUAUUUCCGGAUAAAUAUCUUUUAAAAUUGACUGAAAAUCGUUACUAAAAUAUUGUUUGUCUUAUCUGCACUUACUAUGAUUACAAAAAAAUGUAUUAACAUAAUACACAUUGUAAACAACAUAGAGACAGAUUAAAUUGUAAAUUCGC